AUGGCCGGUACUUUAUCCAGAAAUAUUGCAUGCAAGAUCUUUUCUCGUCAAGAUCCAUUUUUGAUGUGCGAUAUAAUUGAAGUUACACUGCAGAUGUCCAAUUCAAAAUGUGACGCAGGUUCAUUAAGUCCAAUUGGUCCAAUUCCAACACUGAUCCUCAUCGACCGUUACGAAGGAGCAAUUGCACAUGAAGAUUUUGGAGGAAACGAGGGAUUAAUUGGACCUGGAGCGAAACCUGAACCAGGAAUUGAAGUAAAAAUCAUCGCAGGUAAAAGUUAUGGAGUAAAGAGUUCUAUUUUUACAAAAUCCAAACAAUUUAAACCUGAAAAAGGAAAAAUGGAACAUGUUAUAAAUUAUGGGCCUUUCGAUAUUGAACUCGGAAGAAGAAAUAAUUCAGAUUAUGAUAAAGCUACAAAAGAAAAAAAAUGGCGAUCGUCAAUCUCCAAUGGAGUUACUACAAUAAAAUAUGUAGUCAAAUGA